GUUGUAACGAGGAAGGAGCGAGUGGAUUAGAUCCAGGGUUAGGGGGUUUAGUAGAAGUCGGCCUUUGACCUGGGCUAGGAUUUCCUCGCGGUGACAAGCGCCCGUGUCCUCCGGAGGACCAUGUCAUUAGACUUUGGCAGUGUGGCAUUGCCGACACAAAAUGAAGACGAAGAAUAUGACAAAGAAGACUACGAAAGGGAGAAAGAGUUGCAGCAAUUACUCACAGACCUUCCUCAUGAUAUGCUGGAUGAUGACCUCUCCUCCCCCGAGCUCCACUAUUCGGACUGCAGUGACGAUGGCACAGAGGGAGAACCACAUCAUCCUGAGCAAUCGGAGAUGGACUGGAAUGAGCAUCAAGUGCUGCCCAAAUCUCAAAAUAUAAAUGACUAUAACAAAAUGCAGAGUUUAUACGUUGGAGAAAAAUGUGGCAAUGGCUGGGAAGAACAUCGAAGUGAAGUUGAAGACCGACUCCCUGGGUACCAUCCUGAAGAAGGUGGAGACGAAGGCGGAAGUGGCUAUAGUCCUCCAAAUAAAUGUGAACAGACUGAUUUAUAUCACCUUCCUGAAAACUUUAGGCCAUAUACCAGUGGUCAGAAACAGGAAUUUAAUAACCAGCCAACCAAUGUAAUUAAAUUUUCAGAUCCCCAAAGGCACCAUUUUCAGCAAUUGGGUUCAUCACAAGGUCCUGGUUGUCAAGCUUUGGAGUCAUAUAAAGUGACAUAUAAUCCUUAUCAGUCUUCUCAGAAUAAUGGCUCACCAGCCCAGGAAAUAGCAGGAAGUGACACAUUUGAAGGCCUGCAGCAACAAUUUUUAGGAGCCAGUGAAAAUUCUGCAGAAAAUAUACAGAUUAUUCAACUUCAGGUUCUUAACAAAGCAAAAGACAGACAACUAGAAAACUUUGUUGAAAAGUUAAAUGAAAGUGAACGUCAAAUUCGAUAUCUGAAUCACCAGCUUCUGAUAAUCAAAGAUGAAAAGGAUGGUUUGACCCUCAGCCUGCAAGAAUCACAAAAACUCUUUCAGAAUGGAAAAGAAAGAGAGAUGCAGCUCGAAGCACAAAUAAAAGCACUGGAGACCCAAAUACAAGCAUUAAAAGUCAAUGAAGAACAGAUGAUCAAGAAAUUCAGAACAACUGAAAUGGCUCUGGAAAGCUUGAAGCAGCAACUGGUGGACCUUCAUCACUCUGAAUCCCUUCAACGAGCUAGAGAGCAGCAUGAGAGCAUUGUUAUGGGCCUCACAAAAAAGUAUGAAGAGCAAGUACUGUCCUUACAAAAGAAUUUGGAUGCUACAGUUACCGCACUUAAAGAACAGGAAGACGUUUGCUCUCAUUUGAAAGAUCAUGUGAAACAACUGGAAAGGAAUCAAGAAGCAGUCAAGUUAGAAAAGACCGAGAUCAUUAACAGGCUGACGAGAAGUCUAGAGGAGAGUCAGCAGCAGUGUGCCCACCUGCUACAGUCCGGGUCAGUACAGGAGGUGGCUCAGCUUCGGUUCCAGCUGCAGCAAGCACAAAAGGCACAUGCUAUGAGUGAAAACAUGAACAAGGCUUUGCAUGAAGAAUUACUCGAACUAAAAGAUGAAAUUUCUCUCUAUGAAUCUGCUGUAAAGCUAGGAAUACUUCCGAGUAACUCCAAAGGAGAAUUAAAUGUAGAACUCACCGAUUCGUAUGUGGAUUUGGGUAUUAAAAAAGCCAACUGGAAGAAGUCCAAAGUUAACAGCCUUGUUCAGCAAGAAGACCCAGAUCAAGAGCUUUCAAAAGAUGAGGUCAUUCUGAAGUUGAAAGCAGAAGUGCAGCGUUUGCUGGGCAGCAACUCAAUGAAGCGUCAUCUGGUGUCUCAGUUACAACAUGAUCUCAAAGACUGCCGUAAGAAAAUCGAAGAUCUCCAACAAACGAAGAAGGAUGAAAAAAGCAUUGAGGCUGAGACUAAAACAGAUACCUCAGAAAAAACAACUAAUCAAUUAUGGCCUGACUCUUCUACUUCUGAUAUGAUCGUCAGAGAUGAUAUUCUGCGACUUAAAAACGAAAUUCAAGUUUUGCAGCAACAAAAUCAGGAACUUAAAGAAACUGAAGAAAAACUGAAAAAUACAAAUCAAGACUUAUGUAAUCAAAUGAGACAAAUGGUACAGGAUUUUGACCGUGAUAAACAAGAAGCUGUGGAUAGGUGUGAGAGGACUUACCAGCAGCACCAUGAAGCAAUGAAAGCCCAAAUACGUGAAAGCCUAUUAGCAAAGCACGCUUUGGAGAAGCAGCAGCUCUUUGAGGUUUACGAGAGGACUCAUUUGCAACUUAGGUCUGACUUAGAUAAGACAAAUAAGGAGAUGGCUGCUGUGCAGGAAUGUUACCUGGAGGUGUGCAGAGAGAAGGAUAAUCUAGAAUCGACUCUCAGGAAGACCAUUGAAAAGGAGCAACAGGCUCAGGAGAAGAUCAAACAAAAACUCAUUCAACAGCUUGAAAAGGAGUGGCAAUCUAAGCUGGAUCAAACUAUAAAGGCAAUGAAAAAGACGACCUCAGAUCGUGGCAGCCAAACUGACCAAGUAACCACCAUUGAUGUUAUUUCCAAGAAAGAGAUGGCAACCAUGAUAGAAGAGCAGAAGCGAAAGAUCCAGCAAAAUUUAGAACAAGAGAAGGAAACAGCUAUCAAGGGGACUUUGAAGAAACUCGAAGCUGAAUUGGAACUCAAAUACUGUGAAAAAAUUGCAAAACAGGUAGAAGUAGCUGUGCAGAAUGCUCGUCAUCGAUGGCUGGAAGAACUACCUGACCUUGUAGAGUAUCAGGCACUUGUGAGAGCAGAACAAAAGAAGUGGGAAGAACAACAAGAGAUCUCUGUGGCCAAGCGGAUAUUGUUUGCUGUUUCUGAAGCUAAAGAGAAAUGGAAAAAUGAGUUCGAAAGUAUGAAGAAAAACCUAAUACCUGGAAAGGAGUUGGAAGAGAAGAUUCAUUCUCUUCAGAGGGAACUAGAGUUAAAGAACGAGGAAGUCCCGGUGGUAAUCAGGGCUGAGUUGGCUAAGGCUCGGAGUGAAUGGAACAAAGAAAAGCAAGAAGAAAUUCACAAAAUUCAAGAACAAAAUGAGCAAGAUUACCGGCAAUUUUUAGAUGAUCAUAGAAAUAAAAUUAAUGAGGUGCUUGCGGCAGCUAAAGAAGACUUUAUGAAACAAAAAAAUGAACUGCUUCUUCAGAAGGAGACAGAAUUACAAACAUGUCUAGACCAGAGUCGUAGAGAAUGGACUAUGCAGGAAGCCAAGAGAAUCCAACUGGAAAUCUGUCAGUAUGAAGAAGACAUCCUGACUGUACUUGAGUUUCUCUUAAAGGAUGUCCAAAAGGAGCACAUCAGUGGUUCAGAGGACAAACAGCUUUUAGAAAUCAUGUCAAUUUGUUCUUCAAAAUGGAUGUCUGUCCAAUAUUUUGAAAAACUAAAGGCCUGCAUACAGAUAGCAUUUCAAGAUAUACUUUAUCUACUUAUAGAAAAUACUGGCUCAGAUUUGGAAGAGAGAAAUAUGGCUGAGAUCUUUAAGGAUCCUACCAGCCGGGGAACUGGCAAAGGAGACUCUGGAGUCCCAGCAGCCCUGCGUGCACCCUCUUCUGGACGCCACGUUCGGUCCUUGGUCUUGCAAGGAACAGAAGCCCAAGCUGAUAAGAAAAAGAUCCUUGAAAUUAAAGAUUUAUGCUGUGGACACUGCUUCCAAGAACUUGAAAUGGCAAAGGAGGAAUGUCAAGAUCUGAAAAGAAAACUGGAGAAAUCCUGUAGGCAUCUUCAGCAUUUAGAAAAGAAACACAAAGCUGUAGUGGAAAAGAUUGGAGAAGAGAAUAGUAAAGUUGUUGAAGAAUUAAUAGAAGAAAACAAUGACAUGAAGAAUAAAUUGGAAGAACUGCGAACACUUUGUAAAACACCACCAAGGUCAUUGUCAGAAGGGGCCAUUGAACAUGCUUGCCUGUCAUGCAACCAGGGGGCCUUGGAAGAACUUCGUGGGCAGUACAUUAAAGCUGUGAAAAAAAUUAAGCGUGACAUGCUUCGUUAUAUCCAGGAGAGUAAAGAAAGGGCUGCAGAAAUGGUAAAAGCAGAGGUAUUGCGAGAACGUCAAGAAACCGCCCGAAAGAUGCGCAAAUAUUAUUUGAUUUGCCUCCAACAGAUUUUGCAGGAUGAUGGGAAAGAUGAAGGGGCCGAGAAAAAGAUUAUAAAUGCUGCAAGCAAACUUGCUACGAUGGCAAAAUUGCUGGAAACACCUACUUCUACUAGAACCCAGAGUAAAACUACACAAUCAGCACUGCCCCUGACUUCAGAGAUGCUGACUGGAGUUGAAAAAUCAAAAAGAAAAGAUGUGAAUCAGAGUAUACCACGUUACAUUGAAAACAAAUCAAACAGUGCAAAAAAUAUCCCCAGAAGUGUGUGCGAACAAGUUCCUAGGAGGAAGGCUGUCUGUAACUUGCGAAGGCUGUUAGAGAACUCGGAGCGUGGGGGCCCAAAGCAUGUGGGUCCCAAAGAGUCACAUUCUGACUUUCAGUUUGGGGACAGUGGUCACAAGCACCUGAACGUUUUGCCAAGGAAUGUUUCUCCUGAAUUUGUCCCUUGUGAAGGUGAAGGAAGCUUCGGUUUGCACAAGAAGAAAGACCUACUCAGUGAUCCUGGUUCUGAAUCACUUCUGCAUUCAGUCGCACACCCCUUUCUUGGAACCUUUGGAAAUAAAACCUCACCUAGAUGUACCCCUGGUCUUUCCGAAUCAGGAUCCACGCAUAUAACCCCUCCAGAUCCUAAUGAAAGACCUGGCUUAAAAGUGUAUACAUGUAAACCACUAAUGGAAAGUGAAAAUGCUGCCUCUGAGAAAAGUCAAGGUUUGGGUAUUCAGGAAACUCCUGUAAAGGAUGGAGGGGGCCUUGGUGACUCCCUGAGCUGGCCUUCUAACAAUGCAGCUCCACCCUGUGACAGUCACGAGGUGUCAUUUGUAUAUGGUAGGCCACAAGGAACUCUGGGUAUGCGAGGUGAAUCUGUUGAUUUCAGACAAUUUUCAGUAACCAGUUCUCUUUCAGUAACCAAUUCAGGUACAGAGAAAGGUAGUGUGAUUUGUCAACCGAUGAAAUGUCAGCAUGAUAAAACUCCGAACCUGUCAGAAGGAACCAUGUAUUCCCAGCCAGGGAAAAUCAGUGUGACUCUCGGACACCCAUCUCAUCAUAAGACAAAUAUAUUAGAGUCAGAUUUCAAAAAACUGAGCAGUACGGUACCAUCUUCAGUGUGUCGGCAGCCUUCGAGAAAAUUAAUUGCUCCCCUAUCUGGCCAGCAAGAUAGUGGCUUCGAUAGCCCAUUUGUCAAUCUAGACUAACUGUUAUACAGUAUUUAUGAAGAAUCAUUAAUAUAUUGACAAGAAAACCAGGAGGGAAGAUUUCAUACUGAAAAAAUUGUGGGCUCUGCCUAUUUUGAGAUGUUUUAAUAACAUCUAUUAUAUGAGUAAAGUAUUCUCAUGAAAUUACUUGAGGUAUUUAUGUUGCCUUAAUCUUCUAAAGGCCUGAGGUAUAUGUGUAAUAUGCUUCUGUGUGGUGCUUGUAUUUGUUGCUAAAACAUCUAUUUUUUUACUUAUAAAUUGGCUCACUCCACAGUGUUAAAUUAUUUAAAUAAACUUGGCAUAUGGUCUGUAGAAUUGUUAUGAAUUAUUUUAUUCUGUUCAUAAUACAGAAAUAUUGUAUUCACAUCAUGUUUGAAUUCACCCAGAAAAAAACAAACUUUGAUUAUUGUAUGCAUAAGCAGCCAACUUUAAAGUUUGAAAUUAGCCAUGUUUAAUGAGGCUAUAGACUUAGUGUAGACAUACUUUUCCUGGAAAUAUCUACCCAAAAUCUUGAUUUUUGUUUUCAAUUAGAGAAAAGAGGUUUGCCAAGGUUUGCUACAAAAUAGCUGUGUCCUGGGUUUAUUAUUUAAAUUAUCAGUCUGAACUUCUUUAGUUGACAUUUAUGUUAUUUCAAAACACUGUGACAUCCAGGAACUUUGUCUCUUUUAUGGCUCCACAGUUUUUCUUUCAUCUGAAAUAUUACUUUUUGAAAAUUGAGAUAAUAAACUUUGUCAUGUAGCAAAACAUUUAAAUUAUUAGAUUUUUACAUUCACUUGUAGUACAAAAUUGGCUAACUUAUUAAUGCUAUGGGUUGAAGCUUAUAAUUCUGAACUGAAGAACAUAUGCAGAAAUGAAUGACUACGUAAAUAUCAUUGUUUCUAGGUGAAUUCUUUUUGAGAUUCCUAGAGAUGAAUGUGAACAUUUUGGGUGUAUGCUAGUGCUUCCUUUCUGAAAACAGUUAUUAUAGCUUUCUCUCAUAGCUCUCACUCCAGCCAUAUUAUGAAUGGUAUUUUAGGGUUGAUCCUGUAUAUUUUUCCACCCAGAACUGGGUAACUUGGGUGGUGGGGAGGUGGAUGGCAAGACACAUGCUCCUUUUCCUGAUAACAAUCUCUAAAAGGAAGAACCUAGAAGUGAAAAGUUCUAGGGCUUGGAAAGUUCUGUCACCUUGCUGGCGACCAGGUUUAGAUAAGUCUGAAAAUUAGCACUAGAUUUCAGUGCUCAGUUCAGAUGCAGCUGUAGUAAGGAACAAACCAUCUUGUAAGACAAUACAGGUCUUUCCUGUAUCCCUGAAGAUACAAUGCCUCUUCUCCGACAGUUAGGAGAGGAAAACUCUCACUCUAGGAAAACCUCUAAACCAGCCAAAUUUAUGUUUUCUGUGGGUCUAGUUGGUGCUUGAUCAUUUUAAGACCUGGGUAUUACUGAACUGAGAAUCUAGCUCAUUGCUCACCUACCUUUUUAUCAUUGUUUCAAAUACAUGACAGUU